CGUCCCACCCCUCCUUUUCCAGGGCUCCCGGUUCCUUAGAAACCAGCCGGCGCGCUCUCCGUAGCCGCGCGGUGGACUCCGCGGCCGGAGCCAUGUUUGAUCAGGACUGUGGGAUGGUCGUAUUCAUGUUGGAGGCUCUUGUGAGGAGAUGAGUUGGUGAACAGAGAAGCCGGCAUGAAGAUGCUCCCAGGAGUGGGCGUGUUUGGGACUGGCAGCUCCGCCCGGGUUCUGGUCCCACUGCUGAGGGCAGAAGGGUUCACUGUGGAGGCCCUAUGGGGGAAGACUGAGGAGGAGGCGAAACAGCUUGCCGAGGAAAUGAACAUUACCUUCUACACCAGCCGAACAGAUGAUGUCUUGCUGCAUCAAGAUGUGGAUCUGGUGUGCAUCAAUAUCCCCCCUCCACUCACCCGGCAAAUAUCUGUGAAGGCUCUAGGUAUUGGGAAGAAUGUGGUUUGUGAGAAGGCAGCAACCUCAGUGGAUGCUUUCCGGAUGGUGACAGCCUCACGCUACUAUCCACAGCUGAUGAGCCUGGUGGGGAAUGUGCUGCGCUUCCUGCCUGCCUUUGUGCGCAUGAAGCAGCUGAUCGCCGAACACUAUGUGGGUGCAGUGAUGAUCUGCGAUGCCCGCAUCUACUCAGGCAGCCUGCUCAGCCCCAACUAUGGCUGGAUCUGUGACGAGCUCAUGGGUGGUGGGGGCCUGCACACCAUGGGCACCUACAUCGUGGACCUGCUUACCCACUUGACUGGCCAAAGAGCCGAGAAGGUCCAUGGGCUCCUCAAGACCUUUGUGAGGCAGAAUGCGGCCAUUCAUGGCAUCCGGCAUGUCACCAGCGAUGACUUCUGUUUUUUCCAGAUGCUCAUGGGUGGGGGAGUGUGCAGCACAGUAACACUCAACUUCAACAUGCCAGGUGCCUUUGUGCAUGAGGUCAUGGUGGUGGGCUCUGCAGGACGCCUUGUUGCCCGGGGAGCUGACCUCUAUGGGCAGAAGAACUCUGCCACACAAGAGGAGUUGCUACUGAGAGACUCGUUGGCUGUGGGCGCAGGACUGCCUGAACAGGGGCCCCAGGACGUCCCGCUGCUCUACCUGAAGGGCAUGGUCUACAUGGUGCAGGCCCUGCGUGAGUCCUUUCAGGGGCAGGGGGACCGUCGCACAUGGGACCACACCCCCGUCUCCAUGGCUGCCUCAUUUGAGGAUGGGUUGUACAUGCAGAGUGUGGUGGAUGCCAUCAAAAGGUCCAGCCGAUCUGGGGAAUGGGAGGCUGUAGAGGUGCUGACCGAAGAACCUGAUGCCAACCAGAACCUGUGUGAGGCAUUCCAGCGGAAUAACCUGUGAGCCUGCACGUGGGCUCCCUGCCACAGGGCAAAGGGGCGAGAGAGGGACCAGGAACAAGAUGGGAGGGCUUGGCUAUAGCAUAGACAGUGUCUUUCAUUUAACAAAUCAGCUUGGGCAGGGUUCAGGUGAAGGCCAACAUGAGCACUCAUUUACUCCUCAGACUUGCAGGAUGGUGAUGUUCCUGUUGCCAUGGCCCAGUGGGCUAGCACCGUGUGCGAGAGGCAGAGCUGCUGCCAGGUCUCUGUAGUUAAUGCUGAUGAGCAGGGCCAGCAAAAGCUUGGCUUGGGGGCUUCUUCAGCCUGUCCGUGAUUGUAACUGGAUGGGGACGCAUAGUAAGGAGCCAGUUUGGCUGAUUCCUCAGGCCUGAGGAGAAAUGACAAGAAGUCUUGUUUCCAUGCCCCUUUUGGGCUUAGGACAUCUCAGGAAUGGUGAGGGCAAGUCAUCCUUCAGGGAUCUGCACCUGCCCUCCGUCUCAUGGGACCAGGCCCUUCCGGCUUUCAGGCUGCCCCUUCUUGAGGGGGGUUCUUCAUUAGGUGGGCUCUCAGGGGGCUGUUGACUAGAGCAGAGGGCCCCUGAUUUGGCAGAGAGGAGACAAGGGAGAGCUCUGGAACAUCUGGUAAAUGUUAAUAAAUAAAACUGACACUAUGGCA